UUUUUUUUCUGACUUCCCCUGUCCAUGGUGCUACUUUUAAGCUUUAUGCUUGUAAAAUGACAAAGUAGUUAAUGUUUAAUGUAUUAUGCUGUAUUUCAUCCCAGUGGUGACAAAGACUUUCAGAAAAAACAUAUCUGGUUAUCGUUUUACUAUAGCUGCUACAAGCUGAGCCUGAAAACAUCUUACUGUACCCACAAAAGUCCACAGUGAAUCAGACUCUGCACCAGUGCUUGCACCCAAAUGCUCUUGCUUUUUUUGUGGUGUGGUUAGCACUCGUGGCCACGUGUGUUAGCAGAGCCAGUCUGCAUUGCGUCGGACCCCCUCCCCCACUCUCUCUCACUCACUCCCUCUCUCUCUCUCCCUUGCUCUGGCUCUCCCUGCCUCCCUCCCUCCUUGCUUUUUCCCUGUCGCAUGCAAGUCAGUGCAACAACAUGCUGGGUAUUAUUAAGGAAUUAUUCUCUAUCCUAUUAUCGAUCUCUACCCCUCUUUAAGCACCUUCCACCUCCAUUCCCCCAUCAGCGUGUCCACAUAAAGCAGACCUCCCAUCAUCUCUGUCUACUUGUGAGAGGGAUUUUUUUUUGCUGAUGCAGUCAUGUCUGGAAAUGGCAGGGCUUCGCGUUUUGCCCCUUAAUGCAUCUCUCUCCCUCUCACUCUCUCUCUAUCCCUCCCUCUCUCUCUCCCUCCCUCUCUUUCUUUUUCCCUUUCUCUCUCUCUCUCUCUCUCUCUCUCUCUCUCUCUCUCUCUCUCCACCCUCCACCCCCUGAGCUGCAGCAGUGGGGUUUUUCUCCUGUCCACCAGCGCAGGAGGAGGAAGCUGCGGCUUCACCUGCUUUUUUAUUUUUAAUUUUGGUAGUUUUUUUCAUUUGCUCUCUUUAGACUGACAUCUGUCUGUGAAAGCACUUGUUCUUUUACAUUGUCAUUCAUCGCAACAUGACUGAAGAUGCUCUGCUGUUAUACAGACCAGGAUACAACAGCUGCAGCCCAUGAACUCACGUGAAGUGAAGUGUUUGUUAACAGUCUGUCCAGCGUCUCUGCAGAGCUGCAUGAGAGGCAGCAGUAGUGGAUGCAGGGGAAAGGAGCGAUGGUGGAGCCGCAGUGGGGCCGCACUGACUGAAAGUGAGCUAGCCCCUUCAGAGGGGUCCAAACCGGCUGUGUGGCCAGGACAGGGGCACUGAGCAGAGGAGGAAUUGAGAAAGAGAAGUGGAUGUUCCUGCCAUCAUACUAAGUGCAGUCCCGCAGCUCCUGCAGUGCUUCUACCUGAACUUGCAGGAUGACCGUAGCGGCUGGAGAGAACAUGGAUGAGACGUCAGCUGUGCCGGGGCAUCCGCAGGACACGUAUCCCCCUGACCACGAUGACCACGAUUGCUGUGAGAGGGUGGUCAUCAACAUUGCGGGACUGCGCUUCGAAACAGAGCUCAAAACUCUUGCUCAGUUUCCAGAGACACUGUUAGGGAACCCCAAGAAGAGAAUGCGAUACUUUGAUCCCCUGAGAAAUGAGUAUUUUUUUGACCGAAACCGCCCCAGUUUUGAUGCCAUCCUCUACUACUACCAGUCAGGGGGUCGGUUAAGGAGACCUGCAAGUGUCCCAUUGGAUAUGUUCUCAGAAGAAAUUAAGUUCUAUGAACUUGGAUAUGAGGCAAUGGAGAAGUUCCGUGAGGAUGAGGGCUUCAUCAGAGAAAAAGAAAGGCCACUGCCCGAGGCGGAGUUCCAACGUCAAAUCUGGCUUCUAUUUGAACAUCCCGAGAGCUCAGGGCCAGCCCGAGGAAUUGCUAUAGUCUCUGUUACAGUCAUUUUAGUUUCAAUUGUCAUUUUCUGUUUAGAAACUUUGCCCCAACUGAAAGAGAAUCCUGAGGGACAUAUACAGAUAAUAGGGAACAGCACCUUCUACUACAAACCAAGCCUCCUUACUGACCCCUUCUUCAUUGUGGAGACCCUCUGCAUUAUCUGGUUCUCAUUUGAACUUAUAGUGCGGUUCCUUGCAUGUCCAAGCAAGGCAGCCUUCUUCAAGGACAUGAUGAACACCAUAGAUGUAGUAGCUAUUAUCCCCUAUUUCAUUACUCUUGGCACAGAGCUGGCAGAAGAUCCAAAUAACAAGGACGGCAAGGGAGAGCAAGCAACAUCACUGGCCAUUCUCAGGGUGAUUCGUCUGGUCAGGGUGUUUAGGAUCUUUAAGCUGUCCAGGCAUUCCAAAGGCCUGCAGAUUUUAGGGCUGACCCUAAAGGCCAGUAUGCGAGAGCUUGGAUUGCUCGUCUUCUUCUUGUUCAUCGGUGUCAUCUUAUUUUCAAGUGCUGUGUACUUUGCAGAAGCUGAGGAGGCAGAUUCAUACUUUGGCAGCAUCCCUGAUGCAUUCUGGUGGGCUGUUGUAUCCAUGACCACUGUAGGCUAUGGAGACAUGGUCCCAGUCACUAUAGGCGGCAAAGUUGUAGGUUCCUUGUGUGCAAUCGCUGGUGUGCUGACCAUUGCCUUGCCGGUGCCCGUCAUCGUAUCCAACUUCAACUACUUCUACCAUAGGGAGACUGAGGGUGAGGAGCAGGCUAAACUUUUGAAUGUAAGCAUCAGGUCUGACAGCGAUUCAAGUCGUCGCAGUUCCUCAGUCGCCAGCAAGUCUGAGUACAUGGAAAUUGACGGAGACAUGAACAACAGCAUAGACAACUUCAGAGAGGCCAACCUCAGAACUGGCAACUGCACUAUAGCCAAUCAAAACUGUGUCAACAAAAGUAAACUGCUGACCGAUGUGUAGAGUUUGAUGAGGUCAAUGUUGACUGCUUCAGUAUUUGAAUGCUUCAUAUAAUUUCCUAGUGCACUCCCGCAUUGUGACUAUUGUAGACAAAAUGAGAACCGAUUUAAAGGUACAACAACAUGCAGUUAGAAUAUAUAGAGACUGAUACAUAGUGUAAUUAAUUUCCAAUGAAGGCCCUGCAUAUUGGCUAUGCACAGAAAAAAACAGCACCCAUCAGCACGUCCCUAAACAUGCAUACGUAACCGUCAAUUCCUAUAGAGGCCCUGGCAAGGACUCUGGAUGUCUGUACCCAGCUGCUGGUGGUGUGACAGCUGAAACAUUAUUCAGGAUCACAUAAUACAUGUCAGCAAGUUGCACAGUGCAUCCAAGCCAAAAAUGCAUAAAAAUACAUAGUUCCUCAAGGACGAGCCGAGCCAUCUGCGGCGCUUGGCUUGUAUGUGGUCUUCCCCACAGUACUCCAGACCUACUGACCAGCAAAGCACCUUAUACGAACAUGACUAAUCUCCUGCGGGGAUGCUAUGGGGAACAAAGUCAUCUCCUCAUGAACAUCCGCAAUGCUGCUAUUCUCCAGCAUAUGCUGUAAUUUAGAUAUCACCAAGUGAUUCAAUGCUAUGCCCUUUCGAUGCAAGACAGCACAAUGACAGGGGAAAAAUAGCUUAUUAAUAAGCAUGUUUAGAUUAUCCUCAUUUUGAUAUCAGCAUGUGUGAGACAUUACCUCAUUCUAUGGAUCUUUUUUUUUCAAUCUUUUUUUUUUUGGUUGCCCUAGCCAUUUAUUCCCUAGCGUCCGUCUCCAUGGAAAGUACUGGUUUGAUAUGAUUUGAAAUGCUUCUCAUUUAGGUGUAUCUAAAGACUGAAUGUUUAUCCUUAAGGGAAACAGAAUCUAAAUGAGAUCAUAGCAUGUUAAAAUAAUCUGCAUUAUGGCCUAUCAAACUAAGGUACUGUGUAUCCUAGUAUAUUUAAUGCAUGACAUCAGUAUAUAGCUUACUGCAAUUUAGACACCUCUACAUGGUGUCGUUGUUACUAUCAGGGAACCUAGGGACAUUGAAUCCUGAAAUUUUCUGAAAUGUGACAAAAAAAUCAUAUGCAAGCCCCAACAGAGGGAUGUAAACUUUCUAAUCUAAAAUGUAGUUUAAGAAGCAGAGAAAAAAACUAUAAAAUUGCAUAUACUCAUAAUAAGCACCUGUUAAAAAUAUAACUUAAUAGUGCUAUGCAUGGGCCUUUUCUCUGAAAGAAAAACUAAGCAAAUUAUAAUUCAUGCUUCCAUUUUUUGCAAACAUACUUGGAACGUCACUGACUUCCUUCAACAGGAUGCAAAAGAAAUCACGGCAGAAUUACUUUUAUUUGUUGCUAGUGCCUUUUGACCCUCUCAACAACAGUAAAGGUGAAAGUGCCUUGGUAAGACAGAUUUUGUGGAAAUGCCACAGGACGUGUUAUGAGGACGACAAGUUAAGUGAGUGUAUGUACAGUAAAAAACAGAAAAAAAAAAGAGUACAAAAAAAAUAAUAAUAUGGCACAACUCAAUGUUUUGUGUAGUCAUGCACUAAGGCCCUGACAUGAUAAUAGGAUUGGGCCAAAUUUAAAUGGGAAAGAGGGGGGAUCUCUUAGAGCUUCAAAUCUGCCUUGCAUUGUAGUUUUCACUUGUGUUGUGCCAUAAUGAGUCUACCUCAGUGAGGUCAUCACCGUAGGGCUCACCAUUGAGUGAAACAGCUCUGUGGUGUAGAGCUCCAGUACAUGUGGGAAAACUAUGGCCAGUGUGUAGUACUCCAAUAACAAAAACUCAUUUUCAGAGUUCCCCAACAACUAGCCUUUAUGGAAGCACUUAAAACAAAUGCAAGGAUAAAACCGUUUCCUGACCCUCAGAUCUAUGUCCCUCCUAGCUACGCACAAUCAAGACUGAUGUUUUGUCUUGGCAUUUUUGGUUUUAUCUUUGUUGUAGAUUUAAUUUUUACUGUGACAGGUUUAAAAAGAAGGAAAGAUCUGUGUCCUGAUUUGCAAAGCUUAGUUUGUACGGAGCAGUGUGUAAGACUACAGGGUUACAAAUUGGAAUUUGUUUACUUACAGUCUUCCAUGUAAUAUUUCAAUAAAAUAAUCCUGCGUCUUCAAAAAGACAGCCUUGCACUGUCUAACAUAUCUUUGAGCAGAUUAUGUCAACAAAAAUGAAAAGGUUACAGCAUGCAGGAACUAAUGAUUUCAAGUUUGGCUUAGUGAAAAUUAUUUCUCAAUUAUACUUAAUUAACAACAUGCGGUACAAUUGAGAAUGCUAUUAGCCCUAAAAUGAUUUAAACUGAUCCAGCCUUCUGAAUGCCCUUCUGCAGUUUCUAUAUCCACUGGAUGAGGAGAUAAAAGUAGUUUCAGGGAAAGUGAACAUAGUUUAGUUAGGAUUUUUUCAAAUUUUGUUAAAAGAUUUUUGAAGCAACUGUCUCAGUGAAUCAAUGUAACAAUGUAACAAUAACAGUGUAACCUUAGGUACAGAAAAAAAAUCUUAAAUACAAAAAUGUAUAGUGAAGGUAGGCCACUUGAUAAAAGGUUAUACAAUAGGACAUUAGUAGAACAAAGCUACAAAUCGAAGCUCAUCUAAUCUUUUGUUUUGAAAUGUACAACAUGUUAGUGAGAACCUGCUAACGGUGGUACAUUAACAGCAAUUGAGCCAAACGGUGCUAUGCAUAUACUUAACACCAACGUAAACUAUGACAGCAAUAGAAGUUGGGGAUCCAGAUUACAGGAGUGAAUUUAUUAGCACCUGUCAUUUAUUUACAAUGGGUCCUGUAGAAACACAACAUUUACCAAGGGCUGCGGUGUUUCAGUUGUUGAAAGGCUAAAAGUAGGAUUUUUUUCUAAAUGGCCAUGAUACACAAACAACAGGAUUAAAGUUGAAGAUUUUGUAAAAGGUAUGUGACAGGAAUAUUAAAUAAAUAGCUGCUACCCAAUGUUUAGUUCGUUGGAAAAAGUGCCAUUGUUAUAGUUAACAAUAUUACCAUAAAUGUUGGUUUAAAACAGAAAAAUCAGUUUGAAGUGAUCAUACUUAGCAAUAGGCACUGUUCAAGAACCUCUGAAUAUUUAGAUGGUUAUUUUUUCCUCUUAUAUAAAUCUUAUUUCUUGAGGAAGAUAAAAAAAGAAAAGUAUGUAGACUGCUAUGUAAUUACUGGUACUGUAAUUGCUAUAAAGCCAAUGUAAAGAGCCUGGUCAUCAAGGGUGUGGCCCUAAAGAGGAUGCGGCACACUUAAUUGGUUUCUUCACCUGCGUGGCCUCAUAUUGCUAUUAAUGUUUUGCUUUCUGUGGCACAACAAAUAUCUAUUUUUUGGAGAAGUCAUACUCAUGUUAAAAAUUACAGCAGACUCAAUCAUGAGUCCAUAUAUGACAAGCCAUGAGAAAUACAGAGGAAGGUUACAGCUAGAAUUAUUAAUUAUCACCAAAUAGAAAUAUAAAAUGGCAUUAGCAUCAACAACAUACUGUCUGUUAUCAUUUAUUACAUUGUUCUACGUCAUACAGGUGUACUAAACUAAAUCCCAUUGAGAAAUUAUACUAUAAAAAGAUACAUAUCUCAACAGCGAGUGAUCGCAAAAAAUCUGCAUGGUCUAUGACUGCAUGAGCUUAGCCUUUCAAAACUGAGGAUCGACUAUAUUCUGGUUGCAUCAUUUUUAAAUCCCUUGCUCUUGUGUGCACCUGAGGCUGUCUCACUCAUUUCUUCUCCACUGUCUUUUCUCUUCUCCCUUUGUUCUGGGGACUUCUUUUCUGUUUGCAUUUAUUUCACUCAAAACUCCACCCAUGUUCAAUUCUUUUAGUCUUUUCUCAACUGGUACAGUGUGUAAGAAUCGUGUGUGAGAGAGGUAUUCCUAAUGUUGAAAUGAUAUGUUGAGACUGAUUUGAAUUUCUGCAAGUUCCAACAGGAAUGCUCAAAAUAUGUACGAAAGUUAAGUUGUGACCAUAUUGGAUACCUGUUCAUGUUAAAGAAUGACAAUAGACUUUCAUGUUUAUUCCAUAUGAAACACAUUUUCUGUACUUUUUGUUGUUUUCUAUUUUUUUUACAAUAAUUAUACUACAUUUUUAUUUGUCAAAUACUGACAAAGGCAUGUUCUGUGAUCUAUGCAAGGGUAUUUUUGUUUCUUAUUGUAUGUCAUAUGAUUUGAUCACACAUUUAAAUCAAUAAAUUUUUAAGGAUCAA